CUACACGGGACUGCAAAGUGCGUCAUGGGGUCCGUCCCUUGGAGCUGGGGAAGCUCAUCCCUUGCCCAUGUUGCAGCCAGCGCAGCUUACUGGAGAGAAGGGAGAGGAGAGAGGAGAGAGACUGGAGCCUUUUGCACCUACAUCAUAUUCUCGCUCGUAAUCCGCAUAUUCUGUCCUGUCCCUGGCCAAGCCAAAGCUGUCUCUCCUUCCAUACAUGCCUACCUGCAUACAUAUUAAUACCCAGCUAGGUAGGGAACCUAAGGUACAUACAAAGAAGCACACGUUGUCCCCUUGAACAGGCGAAAUCCCCCCUUGCCUACCGGCAUCGCUUUCUAAACACUUCCACUCUCGCCUUGCUCCAAAUAAAGACAGCUUUUCAUUACACCGUAUUUCCCUCCUUCCUCUGCCUCUGCCUCUCUCCCCCUCCCUCCCUUUCACAUACAUUACGUAGAUACCUAGGCCGUUGCCGACACCUCAACCUUGCGACCUGCUCCAGCCUGAAACCAGCAUUCCUUGCUCCAGCCCCCAACCAGCUCGAAGCUUCUCCGAAACUGCUCUCGAAACCUCCGUGCCGCCCGCCCCGACGCUCACGCCCUCCCUGCUUCAGUGACGCGAUUGCUCUCUUAUCAAGUGGUCGUCUUCUGCCCCUCGUCUGUCAAAUUGGCGUCCGCCGUCCACCGCUCCAGACGGGCUUGGGAACGAAACUUCAGACCUCCGAACCUCCGUCGCAUCAACACCACAUCCCGCCGCUGCUGGGCUUCCUGUCACAACUCCGCCGAAUGGCACUCGGCCCAGUCGCAGAUUAUGGCUCCCGGCGGCGCUGAUCGCAAAACAGAAAAGUCCUACCUGUCGUCUGCUGUCGACUCCAUCAACCCGUGGGCCGGGAGUCGGAGCUCGACGCCGACGCCAACCCUCAAGGAUCCUCCGCAGCAGCCCGUGCCGGUCCCGAACUCUCGUCCCGGCGAUCACAGCAUCACCCACUUAUACGGCCAAAGCAUCAAAAGUUACCCCGUCGACUGUCCUCCGCUGAACGUCCUGUGGUACCACGCAACUGAUGUCCCCAAGCGGAAACCCCAAUUCCUCCGAGACAAAUCCAAACCCGUCGAUGAUGCGAAGCCCCAGCCUCAACCAAAGAAGUUCCUCCCGUUUUCAAAGCUAGAUUCACGAGCAAUCGAGACUGCUUACCAGCGCCUGCUUGAGGAUUCUGAGAGAAGGAGAGAGGAGCGGUCAUUGCGGAACAUCUCGUCGAGCUCGCGACGUGGCCGUACGAAGACCGAUGAAGGGAGCGUCCAUAGCAGCCUGGAGACCAGUCCCGAAGGGGCUCAGACCCCAAAAACACGAGUUCCCGUGAACGAGGACUAUCUUUUUGACGUCGAUAUCGAGAACAGAGAGCUGGCCCCCGUCUACUGGCUCGGCCCGGUCUACGAGGUCCGACGCGGUACAUGGUUCUACGAAGAAGGCUCGUCUUUGCGGCCAUGUGAGGAGAACCUGGCCUCGCAGCUGGAGGAGGGUUACCUCAGGGUCAAGCCCUGGACUUAUCCCAAGCCACGAGUCCGCAGUGACUCGAAGAACAAGGACGUGAAGAACAAGGAUGUGACUCCAAAAGCAUCCGUCGAGAAUCUCAAGGCCGCCGCUUCGACAACUCCGCCCACAGAGAGCGGUAAGCUCACAGGACCGCCGAACCAGCACCAGCCGUCAUCCCACCGAUUGUUCGGUGCCUGGAUGAACAGCAUCGCGACUUACCAGGACGCAAACACGGCAUGGCUCACAUCAGACAGCAUGCUCUCGUGGGUGACCUCAACGAUGUAUGAAAGGUUCUCGGGCGGAGGUUUUAUGAGCGGCGUCAAGCUGGUCAGGGGCUACUCCGAUGUAGCCAAAGCCAAAAAAGAGAAGCAGCCGGCCACACCGACCGAUCCCACAGCUACCCCCCAGCUGGACGAGAAACAACAAAAGCUACUCAAGAGGAGGUCUGCGCCGCCCUCUUCCCGGCCUUCCCAGUCCAACGACGACCUUUCGCGUACUGAAGAAGAUGAUAGUAGGGAGAACUCCCUCCAACAGCAGAUUUCGUCGCUGAUGGAGGGGGCCGAGCGGAAUCAGGAGGAGCAGGAAGAAGAGAUUCGGAAGCGCGAGGAAAAGGAGAUCGAAAACGACUACAACGGCCAGCUCGGCGAAACCCAAGGACGAGAUAUCGAGCACUUGGUGCUCGUCACGCACGGGAUCGGCCAGCUUCUCGGCAUUCGCAUGGAAAGCGUCAACUUUGUCCACGACGUCAAUAUCUUACGCAAAAACAUCAAGUCGGUGUACUCUAGCUCUGCGGACUUACGGGCUCUGAACUCGGAACUCGAAGAUGGUCCGAGAAACUGCCGCGUGCAGGUUCUGCCUGUGUGCUGGAGACAUCUUCUCGAUUUCCCCAGGAGACGGGAGAAGAAGAACGAGCGAGAUAUCGGCGACGGUGCUUUAGACGAGGAUGAUUACCCUUCCUUGGAGGAUAUCACUAUUGAAGGCGUGGCUUUUGCCAGGUCUCUGAUUUCAGACCUUGCGCUCGACGUCCUGCUUUACCAAAGUGCCUACCGGGAGCAGAUUUCAGAGAUUGUUUUAAAAGAGUCGAAUCGCAUCUACAAACUGUUCCUCGAACGGAACCCGGAAUUCAAGGGGAAAGUCCACAUCGUUGGCCACUCUCUCGGCUCCGCCAUCAUGUUUGACAUUCUUUGUCGGCAGAAGGAGAAAUCGAGAGGGCCGGAGAGUCCUAGGAAUCCGCUCCGGUUCUGGCCAGCACAGGAAAAGUCCCAGGGCCCCCGAGACCGGGAGGCCAACGAGCUGCGAUUCGAGUUCGACGUGGAGGACUUUUACUGCCUGGGAUCGCCGGUGGGCUUGUUCCAGAUGCUCAAGGGGCGGACAAUAUCGGCUCGUCACCUCCCGAAUGCCCGCCCGUCAGAGAGUCCUCUGAAUCCGGACUUGAUAGACGACCCCUUUCUCACAGCGGGGCCGUCAUCCCCAACCCAUCGGGUCUCUGCCAUCACCGGGCUCCCUUAUUCUGUGUCGUCGCCCAAGGUAUCGCAGCUUUUCAAUGUCUUCCACCCCUCGGACCCCAUCAGUUACCGACUUGAGCCCCUGAUUUCGCCUGCCAUGUCGUCACUUAAACCGCAAGUGUUGCCGUACACCAAGAAGGGCAUAUUUGGCAAUGUUGCUCAGCAGGGCUUGUCGGGCAUCGGCAUGAAGGUCGGCCAGAGUGUCAGUGGGCUGUGGUCUAGCUUAAGUGCGGGAAUCGCGAGCAAUUUGCUGAACCGCAGUCUUGGCCUCAGCAACGAAGACGUGGCCAAGAUGAACUCGGCGAAUGCGGCACAACAAGUGUCGGGGGCGGGAACGAACAUCGCAGAUAGCGGCGUCAUCUCUGACGUGUCGAAGCUGGAGGCAAAGACCAACGAGCGCAAGAAGCAGCUUGCCGACUCCAAGGCCAUGGUCGGCCGCACCAGCAUCAGCGGCAACGAGAUGACACUGAUCGACGACGAGCUGGAAACUCUCUACGCCAAGUUCCAGGAGAAGCGUGUGGAUCUGGCCAAAUCAGACGACGACGGCGGCAGGGCGGAUUGGGCCGAGGCAGAGCGUAAGGCGCAGAAGCUGCGGCGGGAGGAGAUGAAGGUCCGGGCCCUGAAUCGCAACGGGCGCGUGGACUACAGCAUUCAAGAAAGCGUUCUUGACUUCAAUCCCAUGAACACGAUAGCCUCGCACAUGAGUUACUGGUCCGACGAAGACGUCAGCCACUUCAUCCUCUCACAACUUCUCUCUAAUAGAUCGCGGACAGACCGGAGAUAAGACUUAGAGUAGACAUAGCAGGCAGAAGAGCAAGUUAGUCAAUGCAGGACAAUCCAUGACGAAAAGACAGCAC